AUGUCGGUGGCAGACGAGAUCCCCGCUAUUUUCCUAGACAAGAUCUCGCCGCGGGCCCUCGAGACAAUACAAAAAUGUAAGGACUUUGUCAACGACUACUGCCUCCCCGCAGAUACCAUCUACCACGGCCAGGUUUCCGAAGAUCCUCAAAAACGCUGGGCAACCACGCCUCCAGUUUUGGACAGGCUCAAGGAAAAGGCACGGCUGUUGGGGCUCUGGAACUUGUUUCUCUCAAAGCAAUAUGCCGAGGGCGGCGGGUAUACUAACCUCGAGUACGGAAUCAUGGCGGAGUAUUUGGGCCGGUCGUUCACGGCGCCCAUGGCCACAAACAUGGCGUCUCCAGAUACAGGAAACAUGGAGAUCUUGGCCCGCUACGGCACAGCGGAGCAGAAGCGCACGUGGUUGCAGCCGCUUCUCGACGGGCAGAUCCGGUCGGCGUUUCUCAUGACGGAGAAGGGCACCUCUUCGUCCAACGCGUUGAACAUUGCGUGCAGUGCGCGGCUCAACGGGCGGGGAAAUUACGUGUUGAACGGCGUCAAGUGGUUUGCUUCCGGGGCAGGCGAUCCGCACUGCAGCGUGUGGCUCGUCAUGUGCAAGACGGGCGAUCACAAAGACAACGUGUAUAGAAACCACUCUGUGUUGGUUGUGGACGCAAAGCGGGCAUUGGCCACCGGCAAGGCCCGCUUGGUGCGGCCGUUGUCUGUUUUCGGAUACGACGACGCGCCGCACGGCCACUGCGAGGUUGUCUUUGAAGACUUCGAGAUCCCGGACGACGCCCGGGACCACGCGGUCUUGCAUAGGGAGGGCGCGGGCUUCGAGGUUAUCCAGUCCCGCCUAGGCCCGGGCAGAAUCCACCACUGUAUGAGGUGCAUUGGUGUGGGGGAGAUUGCUUUGAUGCGCGUGGUGCAUCGGGCCAACCACCGGCUCAUUUUCGGCCGCCCGUUGAAAGACCGCGAGUCGUUCUUGACGGCGUAUGCGCAGUUCAAGAUCGACAUCGAGCGCUGCAGAUUGCUAGUGCUCAACGCAGCACACAAGAUCGAUGUGGGCGGGCCCAAGAGCGCCAUGCGCGAGAUAGCUGUGGCCAAGAUCGAGACCCCGCGCACGAUCUUGAAGAUUCUUGACUGGGGCAUCCAGAUGUACGGUGCCGAGGGUGUGUCCCAGGACACGGAAUUGGCCCGCUCAUAUGCCUUGAACCGGACGCUCCGCAUCGCCGACGGGCCGGACGAGGCCCAUUUGGGCCAGUUGGCUCGCACUGCGGCAAAGCGGUUCUCGGAAGCUGACGAUUUCUUCGAGAGGGUGGAGAGCCAGCGGGCCGUCGUGGCCAAGAUGUGA